ACUAGUAUAAACCUCUCUGAAUGGUCUAGAAUGCGGUCGCCAAUUGUAUGAGCUGAUGUUGCGGCGUAGCACCUCCGUUGACCAAUCGCGUGUCAGCACUGUGAUAUCCUCCCAAAUUUGUAUUUGUGUCCACGAGCUGCUUUUUUCCUGGUUUUUUCAAGAUGAUGGACGCGUUGUCGGUGGUGAGCCAGCUGCGGGAUCUGGCCUCGGAGCCCCAGAACCGAGAGGCCAUCGUGCAGGACCAAGGCUGCCUCCCCGGGCUGGUCCUCUUUCUGGACCACCGGAGCCCGGAAGUGCUGCUAGCCACCCUGCAGACGAUCCGGUACUUGGCUGAGUUGUCCCCCAACAUUCCAACCAUGAAGAAUGAGCUGGGGAUGAUGGUGAGCCUGGAGAACCUUGUGGCUAGGGACGAGCUGUCUGUCGACGUGACGAGUUUGGCGAAGGAGGUGUAUGGAAUUCUCAGCGCGCCUCCUCGUCCUGUCCAUCGUACGACGGAGAGGAGGCAAAAAUCGCAGUUCUUCCUCAACUCGUCUAACAAGAAGGCCAAGUGCGUAACAUUGCACAUUCAGGGCCUGGACAGCGUUCACCAGCGAGGCUUGUGCGAGGAGGCUCUGCUGAAGGUCCGAGGCGUGAUCAGCUUCACGUUUCAGAUGGCCUCCAAGAGAUGCACCGUGCGCAUUCGCUCCGACCUUCCCACUGAGAGUCUGGCCUCAGCCAUCGCCGCCACCAAGGUGUUGUCUGCCCAACAGGUGGUGAAAAAUGAGGCAGGAGAUGAGGUCUUCAUCCCGCUGAGCGCCUUGGGAGGGGCGGCGCAGCGCGAGACUGCUCUGCCAGACUACCUCCCUGAGGAAGAGGAGAGGCCAGAGAAGGAGGUGGACUGUGCGGUGUCGCGGACCGCCGGCAAGGACGACCCGAGCGGCAGCUGGCUUAAUGUCGCCGCUGGUUUCCUGAACAGGACCUUCUACUGGUGAAAGACAGCAACACGGCCUCACCAGCUUCCCUUUGAAGAGCGAAAAAUGUGUGCAUAGAUUGUGAUUUCAUUCAGACAUUGGCUGUUUUGGUUUGUGAAGUGGCUUGAAAACUGUGCACUUGGUUCAUGUAAAUAUUUCUGUUCAUUCUGAUUUGACACUUUUUAAACAUUUAAGCUUCCUCUCUAUACCUAAUUUCCUCAAACAGACCAUAAACGCCUUACCUCAAAUAAACCUUCCCACCUCCCCUCAAGAAAAACUGUUUGUGCCAAUUGUGGAUUUUUGUAAUAAACAUCCACGCCCCAAUGA